UUGAAAAAAAAAAUCUUCAAACAUCUUUUUCUUCGAAUCCAGUUAAUUCAUUUAUUUUCAUUAACGAUGUCACAAUUGGGCGUUAUCUAAUAGUAAAUCUGCCAUUUUACAUUAUCAUUUUCUGAAUCGCAAGAAUUGUACAUUUUCUGCUUACUCCGAUUCACCUUAGUAAUUAAUUCAAAAUACAUCAAACUGCAAUGUUUAAUAGUCAUGGAUUCGUGAUCAAACGUGUAUAGACAUAUUUGCAGAUGUGAAGAACUAGAAAUUGAUUAUACGCAUGUAUGGUAAAUAACAAAAAGUAAUAUGAUUGGUGGAAAUUUCGUUUUAGUGUUAUCCUUUUUCCAAGAAAUGUUCUCAAUCGGAAAUAACACCACAGCCUUUUUAAUAAAAGAGCGUUCUCAAAUGCAUUCGACAUAGAUAGUCUUUUGUUAAACAUCUGACCUUCUGUUAAUGUACAGAUCAACUGGAAAUUAACAACACUCUCUUAACAGUGAAAUCUGGUUUGGGGAGUAUAUAUAACGGGGUUAAAUGGGAAAUGUAUAUCGCUUUCAUUCUUAGCUUCGACCAUGAGAACCGUGGCGAUUGUCUCGGCAGCGUUUGCUGCGAUUUUUGCCUAUUCCGAAGCAUGUACCUGUUGGUCUCAACAUCCCCAAACUCAUUUCUGUAACUCCGAUUUUGUUAUCCGGGCAGCGAUCCUUAAUCGAAAAACAGUCAACAUGGAAAUUGUAUAUACAGUGAGGAUACUGAAAGAGUUCAAGAAUGGCGCUGGGAGGGGAUAUUCUCAAAAACAAGACAUCUACACCAAUCCUUCAUCUGCUAGCUGUGGCUCAUAUUUCGAAUUAAGGAAAGAAUACAUCAUAUCAGCAUUUUCCUUGCACUUCCUUUGUAAAAAAAAAAAAAAAAAAAAAAAAAAAAAGGGAAAUCAUAUCAUGUUAAUGACGGAGCAGAAAACAAAGACGUCCUUUUGGAAUAAUAUUUUAUUGCUAUGUCAUUUUGUUGUUUUUCUAGGUUCCAUUAAUCGCGGGAAAUGGGUAACAUAUCUAUGCGAAUUUAAUGCUGUGCCAUCUUCUCUCACCCAAUACCAAAGAGCUGCUCUGGAUCUUGGUAUCUAUGAGAACAGCUGCAGCUGCAAGGCAAGUUAUUUUUAACCGAUCCGAUUAUUUAAUUUCUAUACAUACGAAAAAUGUCAGUCUUUAAGUCAAGGAAUGUCAUAGAAUUAUCGCCAUCAAAAAAUGGUUGGUAUCUUACACAUAUCACCAACCAAGGUACAAUUCUCAUGAUAAUUUGAUUCAUUUGAUUACAUUCAUCAAAUUAUUAUAAAUAUGUUAGCUUACUUUUAAGAUUUUGCUUCAUGUCUUCCUUUUUGUAAUAGAUCGAACGAUGUGGUUUUCAAGGAAAAAAAUGUCCAGAACAAACGAGAGAUAGUUGCGAUAUUAUAUCGGAUUCUGAUGCCACGUGUCGGUAUCAGAAUAAUUCCUGCAGACUGACUCCGUAUG